GCCAGGCAAGUCCUGGGAGCUGGAGAGCCUGGCACAGCACAGCGUGAGUGGUGACUGGUGCGGAUUCCCCGGGGCUGCAGCUCCCCUUGUGCCCCAGAGCCUCCCCCUGCGGGUUGUUAUCACAGCACCUGCGAGAGCAUCAAGGCGCAGGGAGCCCCAGGCACGCGCAGGGAGGUCUGUGGAGGGGCCUUGAGAUAAGGCAGCAGACACAACAAUGUGGUGUGGGGUGGAGGGACCCCCCUCCCAGCCCUUUUAAGCAGCACGGCCCCCUCGGCCAGCACUGCUUGCCAUGGAGAGAACCACGGUGCUGAUCACGGGCUGCUCCUCGGGCAUCGGGCUGGGACUGGCCGCACGCCUGGCGGCCGACAGCACUCGCCGGUUCAAAGUUUACGCCACCAUGCGUGACCUGGCCAAGGGUGAGCGGCUGCUGGAGCACUUGGGCAGCCACUGCCCUGACACGCUGGAGGUCCUGCAGCUCGAUGUCACCGACCCACACUCACUGGCAGCCGCCGUGCAGCGGGUGCAGGAGCAGCGCCUGGACGUGUUGGUCUGCAACGCGGGGGUGGGACUGAUGGGACCUCUGGAGACCUGCUCCGAUCAGGCUAUGAAAACCCUCUUCGAUGUGAACUUCUUUGGGGCCGUCCGCACCAUCCAGGCAUUCCUGCCCGCCAUGAAGCGCCGCAGGGCCGGGCGGAUCAUUGUUUCCAGCAGCAUCGGGGGGCUGCAAGGUGGGACACCCGGCACCCUGGGGCGUGGGGAGCCGCGGGGAAGAGCCCCGGUGCUCAGGGUGCGGCUCUGCCCCAGGGCUACCCUUCAAUGCCGUGUACUGCGCCAGCAAGUUUGCGGUGGAGGGGCUGUGCGAGAGCCUGGCCAUCGUCCUGCGCCCCUUCAACAUCCAGUGAGUGCCGGCGGUGCCGCAGGGGCUGGAUCCUGCAGACCGCCCACUGGGACGGGGAGAUGCCAGGGCGGGGAUACGGUGUCAUCUCGCUCCUUCCCGCAGCGUGACACUGGUGGAGUGCGGGCCCGUCCACACCAGCUUCCUGGCCAACCUACAGUGCCCGGACCCCGAGGGCAGCGAGCUGGAGGGCCUGGACGCCGAGACGCGGGGGCUGUACCGCCGAUACCUGCGGCACUGCCAAAGCCUCUUCCGCGACACGGCCCAGGAGGUGGAGGACGUCCUGCCGGUCAGUCCGCGCGGGACGGGGGUGGCCGUGGAGCCGUGCCAGGGACGGCUCUGACCCCUCUGCGGUGCCAGGUGUUCCUGGAGGCCAUCGUCAGCCUCUGCCCGCCCCUGCGCUGCGCCAGCACCCAGCUCCUCGCCCCGCUUUGGCGCCUGCGGCUCGGCAGCCCCGACGGCUCCGCGUACGUCCGCGCCAUGCACGACUUCGUGUUCGGCGGCAGCGAAGUCAGCGGGGACCAGCCCUGAGCGGAGCCGCCGGGACACCGGGACCCGCUGCCGUGGGGGAUCGGUCCUGCCGUGUCCCCAAUAAAGCCCUUUGCAUCCGCACA